CAAAUGGCAUCUUCGGCGCCUUCCUCCUCUUCCUCUUCCAACCCAGGGCCAGACUCCAAUCCCACCAACCUGCGCCCUACCACUUAUGACACCUGGUGCGGAGUGGCCCAUGGAUGCACCAGAAAACUUGGACUCAAGAUAUGCGGCUUCUUGCAAAGGACCAACAGCCUGGAGGAGAAGAGUCGAAUUGUGAGCGCCUUCAAGGAGAGGCAAUCCUCAAAGAAUCUGAUAGCAUGUGAGAACAGUGGGCGAGAGGCACGGUUCCGCAGAACUGAGACCGACUUCUCCAACCUGUUUGCCAGAGACCUGCUUCCGGCCAAGAAUGGGGAAGAGCAAACUGUACAGUUCCUUUUGGAGGUGGUGGAUAUCCUCCUCAACUAUGUUCGGAAGACAUUUGACAGAUCCACCAAGGUGCUGGACUUCCACCACCCACACCAGCUACUAGAAGGAAUGGAGGGCUUCAACCUAGAGCUAUCUGACCAACCUGAGUCCUUGGAGCAGAUCCUUGUGGACUGCAGAGAUACUCUGAAGUAUGGCGUUCGGACAGGUCAUCCUCGAUUUUUCAACCAACUCUCUACUGGAUUGGAUAUUAUUGGCUUAGCUGGUGAGUGGCUGACAUCAACUGCUAACACCAAUAUGUUUACAUAUGAAAUUGCCCCAGUGUUUGUCCUCAUGGAGCAAAUAACGCUUAAGAAGAUGAGAGAAAUCAUUGGAUGGUCAAGUAAAGAGGGUGAUGGCAUAUUUUCACCUGGGGGUGCCAUAUCCAAUAUGUACAGCAUCAUGGCUGCUCGAUAUAAGUACUUCCCAGAAGUCAAAACCAAAGGCAUGGCAGCUGUUCCCAAACUGGUCCUGUUUACCUCAGAACACAGUCAUUAUUCGAUAAAGAAGGCGGGGGCUGCACUUGGCUUUGGAACGGACAAUGUGAUUCUGAUAAAAUGCAAUGAAAGGGGGAAAAUCAUCCCAGCUGAUUUGGAGGCAAAAAUUCUUGAAGUCAAGAAAAAGGGAUAUGUUCCCCUUUAUGUCAAUGCAACUGCAGGCACAACUGUGUAUGGAGCUUUUGAUCCGAUACCUGAGAUUGCAGAUAUAUGUCACAAAUACAACAUUUGGCUGCAUGUCGAUGCUGCCUGGGGAGGAGGUCUCCUCAUGUCCAGAAAGCACCGUCACAAGCUCGAUGGCAUAGAAAGAGCCAACUCAGUUACCUGGAACCCUCACAAGAUGAUGGGAGUUCUGUUACAAUGCUCUGCCAUUCUCGUGCGAGAAAAGGGCAUACUCCAAGGAUGCAAUCAGAUGUGUGCAGGGUACCUAUUCCAGCAAGAUAAGCAGUAUGACAUUUCCUAUGACACUGGAGAUAAAGCCAUACAGUGUGGCCGCCAUGUGGACAUUUUCAAGUUUUGGUUGAUGUGGAAAGCUAAGGGCACAGUGGGAUUUGAAAAUCAGGUCAACAAAUGCUUGGAUUUGGCAGAGUAUCUCUAUGCCAAAAUUAAAAACAGAGAAGAAUUUGAAAUGGUUUUUGAUGGCGAGCCUGAGCACACAAAUGUUUGCUUCUGGUACAUUCCACAAAGCCUCAGGGGUGUCCCGGACAGUGAUGAGAGACGAGAAAAACUUCACAGGGUGGCUCCGAAGAUCAAAGCUCUGAUGAUGGAGUCUGGUACAACUAUGGUUGGAUAUCAGCCUCAGGGAGACAAAGCCAACUUCUUCCGGAUGGUUAUCUCAAAUCCAGCAGCCACCAAGUCUGACAUCGACUUCCUCAUUGAGGAAAUCGAAAGAUUGGGGCAGGAUCUGUAA